CAAUAAACCAACAUGGCGGCACGUAAAAAGGAUGGCGCUCCUGAUUGGAAAUACUACGAAUCUCUCGAUACUAUUGCUCUCUUUGAACCGGUCAAGCAGUAUCUGCUGAAAAACUGUAAAAAGGUUAGUAGUCGUUUUAUAUGUUCUAGGUUCAAACUGAAAAUACAUCGUGCUAUAAUGUAUUACAAUCGUUGUCAAAUAAAUUAGAUUCGUGAUGAACACAUGGCUCAGUUUAAUAGUUGUUGGAGUCGAUAGUGCUCACACUAGAUUUCCCGUAAUCGUGUUAUCUUUUCCAGUAUGUGCAAGUGGAACCACCAACGAAUAAAGCUCUCGCUACACUUACAGCACAACUGCUACAAUUUCAAGAAGUACGUAUGUUUAUUAUGACAGGUUACAAAAGUUCACAGUACAUCUUUAACAUUCUACAUUGGAUAACAUGAAAAUCCAUCUAAUUCUAGAAGCUCUGGAGUAUUGAUGUUCCGUUUUUUUAUCUUGGUUAAAAGGGUUAAGUUGCCAAAAAUAUAUUUAGGUUGUGAAAUCAAUCAGUUCAAAUGCUAAAUUAAACCAAGAACUUUUGUUAAUACAGUAAUUGCGUUAAUUAAGGUGAAAUGAAUUUUACGUUGUAUGUUUCCGAUUGAUCGAUUUUAUAAAUGAACAUUUUAUGACUCAGAAAAAUCGAUCAUGACAUGAUCUUGGGUAUGAAACCUUUCAAUUUCUAGGACUAGAAAUGUAAUUCUCUGAAUUGUUGUUUGUUACAUAUUUUUGUGUUGACUCCUUAUGAGCAUUUGAUUUAUUAUCAAAACAUGAUCGAAUCCCCAAUUUGAUUAGUAAUUCUUGUUCUUUCUCAUUAUCUAUGUGGUUUUCUGGCAAGAAGAAGAGAUAAUUCAAUUUUGGUGGCACUAGUAUGUUUAAAUUGGAUCAUAAUUCAAGUUAUCAGAGUGGUUUUGAUUAAGUGAUGUUUAACUAAUACCAAUAAGAAAGUAAACUCAAUGACAAAUCAGAAGAAAGGAAACUUAAGUGCCUAAAGUGUACGGAAACAGAAGCCAUCAAGUCGUGAUUAGUGUAAGUUUUGUAUCUGAUUGGUUGAGACAUUGGCGCAAAACUUUUAGACCAAUCAUAGAGCAAAGUAAAGCAAAACAAAUGCAAUCUCAGAUUACUUUUGACACUCAAUGUGAAAAUUGCUCUCUUGGCUACAUUGCGCAGUUCUGGUAGUUACAUAAAAAGGUUAUGAUUCAUUUUAAUGGUAUCUCAAUCAUGGUUUACUUCUUCAAGGAUAACUUUGGCAAGGAUGUUAGCAAGCAGGCACUUUUGACUAAACUACCAGUAAGUUUACUUUUUUUUUGUUUACAGUUCUUCACUUUUGUUGUCCUUAUACGUUGUAUUUGUUGUAAUUUUUACCAUCAUGUUACGUUUAACAUGAGUUAUGUUUUUAUUUCUGAUGUUUCAGAUGAAGAUGUUCAUGGAUUACUCUUCAGGUGGCAGUCUAUGUGUUAUCUUUGCAAAUGUAUUUAAGACCAAGAUGGAGCAAGGAUGGUGAGUUCUUCAUUCAGGACUGAGUUUCAUCUACAUGUUCAUUUAUAUGUGAAACAUUAAAAAAUCAAAAAGAAAAAUUUAAUAAAAAAUACUCAGAAAGUUUCUGUCUUAACCAAACAUAUAACAUACAACAAUACUUAAAUGUGGUGGAUGUUAGAUUCUUCUCAGUCAUUUUUCCAAUCUUUUUCUUUGAUACAUGCAGGAGGAGAUUUGACUUCCAGUCUCCAUCACGAAUGGAUAGAAAUGUGGAGCUCUUCUUGAACAUGGAAAAGGCAUUGAGAGAGGUAAAUGUACAGUCAAGUGGCAUGAUCAUACAAUUAUUCUUGUGUCAAGACUCUUUCCAAAGUCUUCUAUUCUUUUCUGAUUUUUCCAUUGUUGUUGUUUUUAUUAGGCUAAACUUUUGAGCGUGCCAAAUGUGUUCAUUACACCAGAAGUGGAUCCACGACUUGCUGCCAAAUUAAAGGAUAUUGUCAAGAGGCACAAUGUAAGGAUUUACAAUAAUUUUAAUCUUUUCACUCACAGAAUUGAUUAUUUGCUAGAUUCUUCUUACAGUUGUAAUACACUGUCAAGCAGACAAGUUAAGAAAACUGAGAAGAUAAUUCUAAUCAGUUUAACGAAAUUGUCUUGAUAUAGCUUCAAAUUCUCACCAGUAGCCUUAACCCUCGAUACCCUUUUUUUUCCAGGGUGCUAUAACAGAAGACAGAUCAGAAGCAAGUCAUGUUGUUUAUGGCCCUCCUCCACCUUUUCCCGAAGGUUUUUACUUCUUUGUUGUUGUAUUUCUAGACAGUUAAAGUUCUACUGAUCUCAGGCCUUGUAGCCUGUAACCUGAAACGUCAGCUUUAGAACUCUUUAUGGUGGCCAAUUUACGUUAUCAACUAAGUUGAUAAUACUAAAUUACCCUCAGCUGUUAAUGUUAUAUGAUUUCUUAACAAGUUCUUUCGGUAUUUACUGUAUUCCCAUUAUAAUUUAUACCCACAGAGGAGUGGCUUAGGCCUCUGCUAAGACAAGACAAACAAGUUCUAGUACAUUGGUGGUACUACCCAGACAGGUUUGGAAAUUUCUAUGCCUUGACAAUUUUUAUUUGCUCUACCUUCUAAUUACUAUGAGUACAAUUUUUUAAAAUAAAUGUUUACUCAUUUUCUAGCUAUGACACCUGGGUGCCAUCAAGUGACAUCGAAGAUGAGCCUCAGCCAGAGCCCCAACACCAGGGACCCUGGCAGGUAACCAAGUAAUGAGCUAACAUGACAUGUACCCAUCUGAAUUUUACUCUAAUUUAACCGGCAAGAAUAUGUGUUGACUUUGACAAAGGACUACUGUCUACCUGCUAAAAACCAUUUUUGAAGUACACUAUACAUUAUUAGUGAUUCACAGUGAACUCUUUCAUCGGCUCUUCAGCAUUCUCAAUAUACUUGUUUAUGGAGUACUUUUUUCCACAUAUGUUGGACAAAGUAAACAAAAAGAAAUAGUUGGGCAUAUUUGAUUUUCCUGUACACCAUACAUACAGUAUACAUGUACGAACUGUGUGCUCUUGAGCAUAUUUUAAGCUCGAACCACUGGCAGUAAAGAUCAUGCAUGCCCAUUAAUCUAUGUUUGGGAAUGCAAGUAUUUGUGUAAACUUAGUUCAGUAUCAAUUAAAUUUCAGGGCAAGUACUUUUUCUCCCUGACAUUUUAUAAUUUAAGGGAGUGUGCUUUGAACAUGUUCAGACAUAUAACCUUUUUUUCGUUAAUUUGUAGGUGAAUGCUCGUUGGUUGACAGAUCUUGAUGUUUUCAAUGAGUGGAUGAAUGAGGAAGAUUAUGAGUUAGCUGAUACAGAUGGCUCUGUGAGUUUUGAUCUUUUUUUGUGUUCCUGCUAAAAUACUAUUUAUAAGAAUUGCCAUGUACACAUAUCUGUUUGGUCUUUGGGCCACUCUUAAAACAUUGCAUUUAACUGGCAAGUAGUAUAAAUUACAACUACUGAAUGUUAGUUUUCUUUUUCUUUGUUUUCCGUCUGAUUCUCCUUUUUUCGGAAAUUUCAACUUACCAAAUUUUUGAUGUCAUAUACAUGUAUAUGCAAAUGUAUUAACCCUUUAACUCCCAUGAUCUCAUUACUAAUUCUCCUUACUAUCUCCCAUACAGUUCUUGUGAUGUUAUUUUGGAGGAUUUAGUAUUGGAUCAUCUGAUAAUCCCCUAACUGAUAUUUUUCUUUUUUCUUGUCACUUGUCUGCUUGAUAUUGUAUUGAUAUUGUAAGGAGAAAUUAUUUCUUGGUCACUUAUGGGAGUUAAAGGGUUAAAAUUCAAGCUCAUAUAUACAUGUACAGUACUUCCUUAGGCAUUUGAAAUGAGAUUCAAAAAAUUAAAUUAUGUACAGAUUUUUUAUUGUGCCUUUAACUGUAUUUUUCAUUUUUUUUCAUCUCAGGGAAACAAAAGAGAAACAUCCCCAGCAUUAGGUUAGUACAUGAGUGCUACAUGUACAUGAAUAUGAGUUAGAGGCUGGAAUACAAACAGCAGGUUAUGCAAAGUGGACUACUUAUAAGAUUCAGAACAUUUUAUAUAGAAUUAUAUCCCUCUCAGCUGAACUUUGCACAUCCACAAGUUUCUUCACAAAAUGCUGAUCACUAUUUUUACUUUGGAAGACUGAAAACUAUCAGUCAAAGAGAGAGAUCAAACUUCUGACUUCCACUUUUUGGGAACUGUCAAGUUAAUAACAAUAUUUUAUGAUGUUGAUUUGAAGUGUGUGUUUCUGAACAGGAAAAACAAGAAGAAAAAGCUUAAGAACAGGUGCCAGUUCUGAUGAGGUACAUAUAUGUUUGAGUUCUAAUCAUCUAACUAUAUUUUCUAUGUGUCUUUCCAUCACACCAGUGGCUUUUUUUUGGAGGAAGUUCCUUUUGUAAGGGUGCAAGAAUGAGUGCAAAGUAUACAUGUAAAAGGAAAAGUAUGCCCAUAACCCAGUCCUGUGCAUUUUAACUUGCCCACAGGAACUGGUUUUUGAACAUAAUUAGCAACCAUUACAUUUAUUGUUAUUCAUCACAUAAGGAAUUCAAUUGCAAAUGUAUCACUAUGAUUUUGCAUGGCUCAUUAUUUUAAAUUUUAGCUCAAAAGAAUUCUACAUGUGGAUAUAGCAAUACAAUGUAAUUCAGCCUUCUUAACCUUUUGAUAAGAGGAAUCACAAGACCGUAUCUUUUUUAUUUCUGUGUGUCUCCAUUACAAAGCUUUUUCUUUUCAUUUUGCAGCAACCAGGCAGUCCUGAUGGAGGUAAUUCUGGGAAUACUAUUCAUUUGUUUGUUUUAUUUUAUUUAUUUAUUUUUUAAUAAUCACAAACCUGUGGCCUAGAUAAGGUUCCCUCUCUAAAUGAUAGAAUGCUUUUAUCUUUUAUAAGUAAUGACAAAUUGUUAAAAGGGUUUGAUACCUGCAGAUAUUCAUUUAAAAAAUGAGCAAUUAAAGAAACAAAUUAAUUCUUUUUACAGGUUAUGUGAGGGCAGUUAAUAAACCCACUUGUAAGAAUAAUCCAUUUUUCAAAGAUUACAUACACCUACAUGUUUUUUUACACUGCUAAACCUGACUCUUUAUUUAAAGGGAAAUCUAAGAAAAGAAAGAGAUCCCCAUCACCUGAUCUAAAGAAGAAAAAGAAAAUGUAAGUCAACUUUAAUUUCAGAAUGUUAACUUUGAUGUACUAAAUAAGGAUAAUGUCACUUUCUGAUACAGGUAUACCAAGCUUGGGCUUUAGCUGAGCUCAGGAGCCACAGGCUACUUACUUUUGUAUUUGGGUGGCUUUCCUAAAUUCACUUUUAUGAAAACUUUUAAGACCAGGACAUAUUAGAUUUCUGAGAGGAAACCUGAGGGACUUUGGGUGCCUCUUGAAAUAAUACAGUCGGAAACAUAUCAGAAACUUUUCUCUUCAGAUUUCAUUUCUUUUGAAUAUGAAACAGUAUUUUAAAGUGAUCCAAAAAUUGAAUAAUGCGGAAGAAUAUAUUUUCUUGAUAGAGUGGGACCAGCAAAUCCGAAGAAAAAAUCUGGAAAAGAGGAGGAAAAUGACAGGUACUGCACAGAUUGAUUUCAUUUGGAAUGUAUAUGUAAAUGAAGCUAACAAUUUGAGCAUCGUACUGUCAAGUGUGGGCCAUCUAACGGUUUUCUUCGUUUAUUUUAGUGACGAUGCUACUAAAGAUCUUCCUGAUCCAUCACCCAUUCCCAAUGUAAGUGGUUAUCUACACUGUCUUACCUGUGUUUCAAGUUAAAGUAAGUUCACAAAACUCGACUCGACUCGAGCGUCUAGAUACUCGACUCGAGCGUCUCGAUACUCGACUCGAACGUCUCGAUACUCGACUCGAACGUCUCAAAACUUAAAUCGAGCGUCUCGAAACUCGAUUCAAGUGUCUCAAAACCUUACUCAAGCGUCUCGAUACUCGACUCAAUCCUUGAUCCUCGAUCCUCGAAAACUUCGAGGAUCGAGAAUAGAGAAUCGAGAAUCGAGUUUUAAGAGACUGUCAACUCACUUUUGAGCGGUACUGACGUUUUUUUCUUGUUUAUAGGUUGAAGAAGUCUCUGCUUCGAGUACCUCAGGUAAGAACACAAACAACGUAACAAGGUUACGUAUCAUACUGAUUGUCAUGUAACCAGGAUUAUAAUGUUGACAUGAGAGAGGAAAACAGUUCGUCAGCUAAACAAAUAAAAUAUUAGAAAACGUAGAUUUAAAAACAUUGAAAUGUAAUUAAUGUUCACUUACACUGAACAUCUGUACUUUCGUAGGCUCCAAGGGAAAAGAAGCUGAUCUACAACCUUUGAAAGGAAAUUCAUUGACGGACAUUUCAGAUUCAGGUUAGACACUGGUACCAAUAAAGAUCUCGUCGUUCUCCAUCCCUCAUGUACUGUGUACCUUCACCCAACCCCCCCCCCCUGUAUACAUGAACCCAUCCUAAGGCAAUUAUCCAUUUCCAGUGUAUUUACGCGGUAGACCGCGCUUUUCACGUUUUUUCGUGUUCUCUCAACACCCCAAGUAUGUUAUUACGCGGUAAAACGCUAGAAAAAUGCGUUUUAUUUGCCCUUGUAAAAUUUGUCAUUUCCUUUGGUAGACUUGUCAGCAAAAUAAACAAUUGCUUAGUAUAUUUGGGUUAAUUCAUACAUGAUAUCAAUAAUGAUUCCAGUCACUUAAUCUUGAAUUUUAGACUAAAGAAGCUUUCGAUCUUAGAACUUAAAAAGGGGCUUAUAACAAAGACUUUUCCCGCCCUUCUGUAUUGACGUUCCCAGUGCUUACUCACUUUAUGCAGCUAUCUUUUACUGCUGUAAAAUUGAAAAUAAAUUUUUACCCUUCGUCUUCAUGACCAGGAAAGCCAGAGGGUGCCGAUGUGGAAGAAAUGGAGACCGAAAGUCAAGCGGAUACACAAGUAUGAUGAUACUUCUUUCAGCUUUUCUUUCUAUCAGGUUUUGCCUAGUACAUGUAGGUGGGUCUCUAAAGAAAGGGCUUUGCUUUAGUAAUUACUUAAAAUCCUCAAGUUCGUCAUGUGCAACCCUUGUCCAUCGUCUUCAUCCACUAUCAUCUUAUUUCCAUUUUGGUUGAUGUUUGCCCCUCACGGGCUUGGGUAGCUCACGAGAAAAGCGCCUUUCUUUUUUUCGCGUGACGAGUGCGAGGCAACUGCGAGGAAGCAUGAGUAAAACGUGCGUGAUUUCUUUCCUCGUCUUGCCGCCAUACCGCCCUCUACGCUCCAUCUUAAAAACAUCAAAGAAAGGACGCUUUCUCCGCAGGUAACCCUGGCAAAGGAACACGUUAUAUUCUAUUGUAAAGCUGCUCAAAGUCUCUUGAUAUCUUGUAGGAAGUUAGAUAUUGUCAUUUGAAAUGCCCCUUUUAUAUUUAAUUUACCUUCUAACUGUUAAGGAUCAACCCGAAGACAGUACAGAGCAGUCUGCGCCUGCCUCGCCUUCAUCCAGCCAGACGAAAGAUGGAAUCUUCAAAGAACCGCUUGUCCUGCAAGACACAGAAGCUCACGAUGAGAACCUUACAGAGCAGACGCAUCACAUCAUCAUACCCAGUUACGCCUCUUGGUUUGACUACAACAGGUAUGAAAAUGAAUUAACCUGUUUUUUUACUCUUUUCCUGAACUCAUAUUUUUAUGCUGAACUGUUAUUUGUGAUCAAGGCAGCUUAGUCCACUUGAGUUGACUAUUGUUGGACGAUGCCGAGCAAUUUAUCGAGACGAACCGAGUGAAAUAAAGUCGGGUCAGGGUUUUUUUACAUGUAUGAAGAGACAGCUGUGGUGCGUUGAAGCAGUACAGAUGCAUUUGUCGAGACCUAUUAGAAUACCGCCGCUGCAUCUACUGAGGUACAACUGCGCGUACUUGAGAGCGACGAGUGCUUCUAGAAAUGCACGGGUGAAAAUUAUAGAGCAAGUGAAUCGAUGGCUGGAACCCAGUUACUGUGUGGUGCUUGAAACUUACUUUUUUCAAAUAAAUGCGAUUAUUUUUUUGUUAUGUACUUCUUUUUCUGUACAGUGUCCACGCCAUUGAGAGAAGAGCUUUGCCGGAGUUUUUUAACGGAAAGAACAAAUCCAAGUCUCCUGAAGUGUGAGUAACUGAGCGGGGAGAAUUCGUCAACGUUUCGAUUAAAGUGUGCAUGUAAACGUAAUAUAAGAAAGAUUCUCAGUCACCCCAUUCCUUUUUCAUUACUUUGUUUCAAUUUUUGUAUUUCGUAGUUUCAAAAAUCUAUCGCUAUCCAAGUUUAUGGGCAAGGGCAGCAUUUCCUUCCCAGUUUUUUUGCGUUUUCUGCGUUUUACCUCACUUGACAGACUAACCUAAAGAAGGGAGACCAGUCUGGGCCAGUUCUUUUGCGUGUUUUGAAUUUUUUCAACAGAGCCACAUCAAGGCUUCUGCAUCUGAAAAAUUUACUUCAACUCAACAUUCUUAAAUUUAAAUUGUGAAAUUGACAAAACAAAAGACAAAAGUUUUGUUCGUCGUAAAAAAUCACAGCUGUGUUGUACUUUAAUUCCGUUAUUCGCACUUUACAAAAAGGGUAUUUGUACACGAGAUUUGCGAUGGGCCCGCCUCUGAAACUACCGUGUUUCAGUUUUGAGGAUUUAUUUAUUCUUGAAUGUAGCAUUUUGUAAGAAAGAACUUAGUUUAUUAAUUCUGAAAAGUUUUUGUUUUAUGCUGGCGAAAAUUUUGAAAACAUGCGUAGAUACUUUCGAACUGCAUGUGAUGACAAAUUAAUGUUAGAUAGCGAACAGUUUGAACCCGGGAGUUGCAACUGAUUCGGCGGUGUUGUUGCUUGGGUAAGGUUAAUCUUGAAAUGGUUGUUGUUAAUGAAAGGGCGUGAAAUUUGACAAACUUUUAGGGAUAACUCUCCAGAGUGGAAUGAAGAGUGUAUAUGAUUCUCGUAUCAAUGUUCUCCUUGUAAGUCUGUCGUUUCCUUCUUUAAAGGUAUCUGGCUUGCCGAAACUUUAUGCUCGAUGCUUAUCGACUGAAUCCAACGGAAUAUCUGACUGCUACAGCUUGCCGGCGGAAUCUAUGCGGUGAUGUGUGUGCGAUUGUGAGGUAAGUAAGAACUGAUAUCUUUGUUCGUCAGGACCAUCCAGUCUCUCUUGAAUCAUGUUGACUGAAAUGAAAUACGUUUGAGGUUCUCAGAAGCGCAUCCAUUGAGUGCUUCUCUCGUUCAAUACCUCCAUUUCAAGUUGAAAUUUGGAGUGUUUGAUUUGUAGUGGGAACCCGGAGAUAUAUCCUCAGAGCAAUGAAUGAGAACCAGUUACAGAGUCAACCCAUAUGUGACUCUAGGGCCUAGAAUUGAACCUGGAUCACAAAGAUGAGAGGUGACCCCCUCUCAAUAUUGUUCCAUCCCGGCCAGCUCUACUUGCGCCAGCCAUACCCCCUUCCCACGUGUGACCUACCGACUCACCGUUUAAUAUGUAUCGUUACUGUUCGUGAAGCCUGGGCUUCCUAUUACACGGAUUAGGGUUGACACGUGCUUUCCUCUUAUUCCAGGAUCCAUGCCUUCUUGGAGCAGUGGGGUCUGAUCAAUUAUCAAGUAGACGCAGAUGGCCGUCCGGCGCCUAUGGGGCCACCCUCUACAUCUCACUUCCAUGUGUUAGCAGAUACUCCUGCGGGUUUACAGCCUUUGCAACCUGCGAAAGCACAGGUAGCAACAAAAAAUCAUCCAUAGGCAGCAGAUGAAAACGAUAAAGUGAUCGGGCUUCUUUUUUGCCGAGCGUUUCUCGGAACUUUAUUAAAGGGAUGCACCUGAGGGGAGGACAAAAUUUAGAAAGUGAUUGCUUUGUGGAGAGAGUCUGCUCUCACUGUUGAUACUUAAAUGCCCAUCGAAUGAACCAGUUUUCUCUGUGUACGCCUUUCCUUUUUUCUCGAUUGAGAAACACGUUUUCAAAAUGAAGAAGAAACCAAAUCAGGGCAGAUUUCAUCGGAUUAUACGUAUACAAUAUUUAAUCUGAUUUAAAACACUAUCCAACGCCUUUUUGGGCGAUACUAAGGGGAAUGUGAUCUUACGGAGACCAGUUAGCUUUUAAAGGUUACCCUGGGAACAUGACCUAUGUGAGCAUUUCAGUUUCCUACCUUGAUAUUCUCCUAACUGUACCCUAUCUGCUCGAUUUUCCCCAGAUUCCUGCCUCCCAACAAAUCAUCCAAUUCAAAGAUGACCUGGGAGGAAAAGAGACUUAUAAGAGCGGUGUGACAGGAGCAAACUUUGGGUAAGAUACCGAAGAUUAACUUAUUUGUUAUGGCUUGGCUUACAGCAGAGACAUAACAAUCAUAUCCGUGGUUAGCCUGCGAAGAAAUCGUUUCCACUCACGUGAAGAUAUGGCACGAGGAGAGGCAAAACAAAAACAAACAAACAAACAAAUCUCCCCACUCCCCGUAAUUUUCUCCUUAUUAUGCGUUUGGGCGGCUCCCUCUUAUUUCAAAAGACUGCCACACAGGCUAAAUCAUGGUCAUAAAUUGAAUAAUUAUCAUUACAUCAAGAUCUGUCGUAGCGGGCAUCAUGCACUUUGUUGACUUGUUUGAUGUUUUUCCUUCGUCUUUCAGCCUUCGUUCAGACCAGUACCUAUCUAAAAAGAGCCAAAAGGUAAAAUGGCAGAGUUUGCUUUUAUGACAAGGAGAUCAAUUUGUCUAAUCCUUGUUUAGGAAAUGUUGAUUUUACUGUGUCCUGCUAUAGAGCUACAAUUGCUAUCUUUUUCACCGUUUUGUCUAACGUGGGCUGACUUCCUCACUGGGCAUAUAAAAACGAGGGUGGAGGGGCGGGGAAAGGUUAAGACCCAGUGUUCUCGCGUAGAGUUCAGGUUUUGCCCAGAAUGUAUUCCUGUCAAAGUGUAACACACUAUGACUGCUUCUGUAAGUUUGCUUACUCAGUUAUUGUGUCUACAGCGUUGCAAUUUGUCUUUUUUUGUGAUUAUCAUGCAGGCUGCAACAGCCACAAAGGAGUGGACGGAACAAGAGACACUCCUCCUUUUAGAGGUACUUUCACAUGUCCAUGAAAUGUUAGCUUGUUAACUCCUUCCCACCGAUAUAGAACAUCACAGGUUUCGGGAGCCUUUUUUUUUUGUCUUUGUGGUAUUGUGAAUCCUCUCGAAGACUUUAGCGGUUGAAAAUAUUUCAGAAAUGUGUUAUAUGUCGUGAUUUAUUAUUUAUACAAACUGUAUAUGAAGAUGUUCUCGUGCUUCAAUCCUCUCAACGAUCCGAAAAAUUUACUGUUGCCCCGCAGAUUUAUUCAGGACGCGCGCAGGUAUUGUAAAGUCGCUUGGGUAUCAUCAGUCCAAUCGAACGGGCUACGGAGCUUGUACAUUCGCUAACCCUAGAAGCUGUACCAGAGUCAGUUUCAAAGAAAAGUGCAUAUAAAGCUAUAUUUUGAUGAUGUAUCCUUUUCAGGGCCUGGAAAUGUUCAAAGACGACUGGAACAAGGUGGCUGAACAUGUCGGAACACGAACUCAAGAUGAAUGUAUCUUGCAUUUCCUUAGGCUUCCGAUAGAAGACCCGUACCUUGAGGAUGUACAGUUGGGUAAGAGUCUAGAUGCAAACAGUUAUGAUAAUUAAUGGCUCUGUGAUUGGUGCAGAAAACUCGCGUUACUUUCUCAACUAAUCACAUUCAAAACUAGAACCAAGCGCGACUCGGUCAAUCGCGUUUUCCUGCGCAUCAAGCAGUUUGCCCGGUUUUAGUCUGACUUCUCAUGGACUCCUUGCGAUACUGGUUUUUCUUUCCUCUGAUUGAUUGGCUGUUGCGAUAACUUUGGGUUUGGUUUUUUAUGACAUGCAGUCGAAAUGCGCUCUAAUAUUCACCAUCUGGCCAGUGGACUUGGUGGAUAAAUCGCUAUCUAGCAGAUAGCAAAUUAUGGGACAGUGUUAAUUCAUUCUCAGAACCUGACACUUUGACACUGCCACUGGAAAACAUUUACAGGUUGAGAUUGCGUGGAAUUUCGAGAAGGAUAUUGCAUUAUAAAUUAGAUAUUGGUUACUUAAUUGGAGGUGUUUAUAAUAUCCCUCGCUUUUUGGUUUUGUUCAAACUUUCUGUGUUAUGCUGGUGCUUUCGACUGCUUCCCUAAAGUUCGUUGAACGACGGAGAUGCUCAAGCAUCACUUUGAUGUUAGGUGUAAUAGUGCAAAUGUUGACGAUGUGGGUGUAAACUCAGUUUAAUUCACCCCUAUUCAUUGUGGUUCUCAUUUUUUUAGGUCCCUUAUCACACCAGCCCACGCCGUUCAGUCAGCAGGGUAACCCUAUCAUGUCUACUGUAGCUUUUCUUGCUUCUGUUGUGGAUCCUCGGGUCGCCAGCGCUGCUGCUAAAGCUGCUCUAGGUGGGUAGCUGUUCAAUUUAGUCUGUUAUUUUGGCCAAAUUAACAGAUAUGAGAUAAGUAUUUGACUUUUCUUUAACGUUUCUGCAUUCUUUUGCGGUGUGUAUUUUUGUAAGUGAUUGUCACGCAAGGGUGGAUAUCAUUGCUUGUCAUUGCAAAACCUUCCGCGACGAUGGUCGAACAUUAAAUUUGAAACACAAUUCUUUUUGUCAACAGAGAAGUUCUCUGAGAUGAAGGACGAGAUACCGCAGUCAGUUAUUGACAGCCAUGUUAAGAAUGCUGCAAAUGCACGAGCGGAGAAAGUGAAGCAAGAAAACUCGGACGAAAGCAAAGGUAGCAUGGACUGUUUUCAAUGUGUGGUUAGGUAUUUGAGCUUACACGUCGAAAAUUUGACUUUUCUCUUACACAUCACACUGCAUAGCAAAACUGAUCGUGCAGCUGUACACAAAUCCUUUAAUUUUCCUUGUGUUAUUCAGAAGAAACACCACAACCUAUGGAAGUGAAUGGAAGCCAGGGAACUGUCCCCGAGGGAGGAGAGACACGAGCUCAAGAUGCAAAGGUCAGAGUUACAUGAAGUUGAAUUUUAAAUAUAUUUUUCUUGUAGUUAUCGCUUAUCUGGGAACGUUUUUGAAGCCUUUUGACUUUUUCCGUAUCUUCGUUGUUGUUGUUGUUGUUUCGUUUGUCUCCUUAAAUAUGAAAAGCGGGGAAACUGUUCGUCCGUUUGUUUGCCUGUUUGGUUUGUUUGAUUGCUUGUUUACCCUUUCGCCGUACCCUUACCUAGUCAAUACAAUGUACUUGCGCUGAGAAUCUCAACGAAAAAAAAAACUGUUUCAAUUUUGAUUGAACAAUUUAUAACGAAUGGAUAAUAUCCUCGAGGAAUCCAUGAGGUGGUUCGCCCUGUUUGAGGAUGUCCUUCUCAGCAUCAGCAAGUUUAUCUCGGUCUGUAGUUGUCCUCUGACCUCUGUCUUUACAAUUGGUAUUUACGAUGUUGUAAACAAUUUUUGUCAAUCUUUAUGUUUCUCAUCUCAGGCGGAAGAGUCUUCCGAGCCAAGUAGCCAAGCGCAGAACGGCGAGAAAACACCGGCUAUAAACGAAGAAAACAUUGCGAAGGCGGCGGCUUCAGCUCUAGCAGCCGCUGCAGUCAAAGCAAAGGUACAUGAAACUGAGGAACGAUCAUAGGUGCUCUCUAUUCUGAUCGGCACAGUCGAUAAGGCGGCCAACUUUAGUUUGUAGGCAACAUGCCAAACGUUUCCUUUAAGUAGGCGUCUGAAAGCAAGGCACCUCAGAUUUCUGAGACAAGAUCGGGUUUCAGGAUGCCCAUAAUGCUUUUGAGUGCACAGCUUUAAAUCACACCGACCUGUUCUUAAACAAUCGACAAAUUUCCUCUUUUGACUCCAAUCAAGAUGGACCCUGUCCUUUGAUAAUCAAACUCUACAUCAUAAAUUCAGUGACAAGAACGAAUACAGCUUAUAUAGCCUACAGUGUGGCUACUGUUACCGAGGUUACUAACACAACACUAACCAAUCCGAAUACAGGAAACGAGCAAGAAUGUCAUCGAACUAUUUUCUCAUCUUAGCCUUCUUUGGUCCUAAGCUCUGGUCCCGUUUAGUUCAUUCGAUGCCUUCGUUUGUUUUCUCUAAUUUAGUUGGUUUAUUUUUCUCGAGUUAUUGCUGCAACAGUAGGGGUUAUUAUGAUAUAAUGUAGCUACAAAGUGGUUUUCGAUUACGUGCACACUAAGUAAGCCGUGAUCAGUGUUUGAGACGACUUUUAGUUCGUUGAGAUGUCGAUGACCUCAUCCCGCUAAUGGCUCUGUUUCCUCACAAUGACAGACUAUUUCAUAGGAUUUCCUAACACCUCGAGUUUUGUCAAAAUAUUCUGCCAUGUUGUAUUAAAUCACCUUUGUGCUCACCGUUUUCUUCUGUAUGAUAUGAUUAAUAUUUGGAAUUAUUGCUGUUUGUUCGUCUAAUCUGUUUCUGUCGCGGUUGCUUCUCCGAUAGCAUCUGGCGCAGGUUGAGGAGCGGAAGAUUAAGAGUCUUGUAGCGCUUCUUGUGGAGACUCAGAUGAAGAAACUGGAAAUUAAACUGCGCCACUUUGAAGAACUUGAAACCAUCAUGGACCGUGAACGAGAAGCGGUAAAGCUGUUUUUUAAUUGUUAAAGUUAAUUCAAUAAGGAGAUUAUUUUGAAAACCAUUCCUCUGUAUCUACCAUUAAUCAUUUGCAAAAAGGGUUGAGUACAAAAAAGGGACAACGUAUUGUCUUCAGCAAUCAAAUUCAAAAAUGCAAUCUAUUAUUUAGUUUAGUAAGUCUCCUAAACCCUUGACUCCUUCGAGUGACCAGCGUCUAAUUUCUUCAGACAAUGCCUCCCCAAUCACACGUUAAGGUCACGACAAUAGAGGAAACGAUCACUAGUGAAAGAAGCUCCUGAUUGUUAAACAAAUUCUCCUUGUCAGUAUCCUUGGAAAUAUAUAGUGUACCGUUUGGAGAAUAUUGGUAAUGAUGUUAGGGUUAACUGAGCACUCCUCAUUCCUGGGUUGUUGUUGUUCUUUUUUUCAGUUUCGAUGUUACGUUUUCUUAUUUUGUUUAAUUGUCUGCGAAUGGGCUUCCCGCGUAAUUAUGAUAAACAUGUUCUAAUAACAAAUGAAAGAAUUGGAUCUGUUGAUAUAUUUUGCUCGUGAUUUUUCCCUUCAUCUUUCAACCUUUUUUUUUUUUGGUUUGGGGAGAGUUUUGCCGGGUUAGUGCUAGUCCCGUAGCACAAAUUUUGCCGGCUCGCGUUUCUCACGGCCUUCUACUAAGGAUCUCUAGCAGUUAGGAAGGCAACGCUAAGGAAGACGUCAAUUUAAAAAUGAACAUAUAGUUACAGUUGGAAUCUCGACGGUGAACGACUGUAUGUGUUUAUCAUCUCUUACGGCGCCGCAAGUUAACCUCAGUAUAACGUCUGAGCGCGGCGCUGAGUUCCAAAUGGAAACUUAAAUAAAUUGCCGUCGGGGUUUCCGUUCUCGGACUACGAAAAUUUCGAUGAUUUCACGUUGUUAUUUUUCAGAGGACGGCGAAGAAAUAUACGCUGUUUUAAAACGCGUGUUCUGAGCUAUUCUGCUCAUUAGUUCUUUUAUUUUACCACGUCCUCGUUGCCGUCGCCGUCGUGAUUUGCUAAAGGUCCCACACUUCUCGUGAGGGAAGAAGCGCUGAUGCUGAAGUGCUAGAAAUAAGGGCCUGCUCGUAUUGACAUAGGAAAAGGAUUCAACUGAUUAGAGACAUGUUCCUAACGAAACAGUCCGCAAGCAGAGCGUGCUCCUGUUUCAUGGACAGGCACAGCUCCUCUUGUUCGACUCAGUGUGCCUGCGGCUCUUACUAACCACUCUUCAUGUAAUAUUUUCUCGCUAGUUGGAAUAUCAGCGUCAACAGCUACUCGCUGAACGACAACAAUUCCAUCAAGAACAACUGAAGGCCGCCGAGCUGCGCGCUCGAGCUUCUGCCGGUCACCUCUCCCCGUCAGCUGCCUCUCCUGCGCAACUGCAACCACAACCACAAACAUCUCAACCUCAGCUGCAGAUCCCACCACAGCAGCAACAACAGCAACAACAACAACAGCAGCAGCAGGCACAGGCACAUCAACAGCCAAAGCUUAGGCAUUCCCAGCAAGCCCCGCCCACGGCUCCUCAUCCAGGUGCCACCAGCCAAGCGCCACAAGUCGCCAGCCCCGCGUCACAAGGUAGGAAACUCACAGAAAAAAAGAGGGAGCGGGUUAGUAAAUCUUGGGGGAAAAGAAAUCUCGUUUGAGAACAGAAAUGGAAUUAAAUGAAAUAAAACUUCAGUACGUUCUACUCUUUUAUCCAUCCCAUUUCCAAGCUUAGAUGCUUUCGCUUGAAAUUUUGGUUUAGUUUUGGAAGAUAAGCACCUUGUAAGGAAUCCUGUGAUAACGUCACAUCAUGGAAAGAUUACGAAGGGUGGUUUAUCCCUGGGUGCACAAAGCUUAGAGUUAUGCUGGUAAAACCUUAAGAGGAUAAGAGUGUAAUUUCAAACCGUUAUUAGCUACAGGAUAUAUUUUAGAUCAAAACGCAAGUCUUUGAGGGUUCGUUUGAGCUAACGUGGGUACGUUUGAACCGACAAGGGUAUGUGUUGCUUGAAAUGAAAGUUUGUCUGAGAACUUUGUAAUUUGUUGCAAAACGUGUUGAAUAAAUAGAUUUUUUUGGAAAGUUUGUGAAAAGAUCAAACGUAAUUGGUGAAAUAUGAUGCAAGAAAUCUGUUUUCUUAGAGCAAAAUGUCAGGAAUGUAUUUUCAAAUACAUAUUCUGAAAAAACUUUUAAUGGCUCAACUCACUCUAUUAUCUACAGGCUUCAUAGAGGCCUUGGAAAAUCUGGAAAGUCCUGGAAUUUUAUUUUGAAUUUUUCCAGGAAUGGAAAGUCCUGGGAAAAGACUACAGGCCCUGGAAAGUCCUAGAAAUCUGCUUAACUCGAGAAAUAAAAUUUUUCAGAAUUUGCGUUAUAAGAAAUAUUUGUUGACUGCAAGGAGAACUGAUUUUGAAAUAUCGGUUAUGAAAGGGUGUAAGGUGAAAUUUGGAGUUCUGGAAAAAUUAAUCUGAGUCGUGGAAAGGUCUUUGAAAUUUGUGUCUGAAAAAGGGUACGAAUCCUGUCUCAAUAGCUCAGUGUUUAAGCAUCGGAUCGUAAAAUCAGAAUUUGUUUUCGUUUUCCCAUGAUCAUGACAAGACAAAAGAAAUCUUGCUGUAAGGAGAAUUUUUUUUAGUUGCAGGUAACAGUCAGCCUGGCGGAUCCAAUCCACCGUCCGCCUCUGCCUCACCAGCUCCAGUAAUGAAUCCUGGCUCUGUUCCUCAGAUGGGCUCCCAUCCUCAUUCUGGAUGCAGUACCCCGGUGUCAUUCAUGGGAUCGAAUGCUGCCUCCCCUGCAUCAGCCCCGAGUACCCCCAGUAACGCCCCCUUACCUCAUGCUGCCGCUGGCCAGGUCGCUCACGGGCCCGCUGACAAUGCAGUUUCGAGCCCAGUUCCCCCGAACCAAAGCAUGAUGGAUUAA